UUCUUCUUUGAUUCUCAGCCACCGCUCGGCAAACAGUUGAUAGCAUUGAGCGCUUAUGUCUCCGGAUAUAACGGCCAACACGUGUUCACAAAUAUCGGCGAAAAAUACGAAUCGGAUGUACCGCUGAAGGCGUUGCGAUUUGUUCCCACACUCUUUGGCUCAUUCAUUGUUCCAACGGUUUAUCACUUAAUUGUUGAAAUGGGUUUAACUCACAGAACGGCUACUUUGGCCGCACUUCUAAUCAUUUUGGACAAUGCAUUGUUAACUCAAUCGCGUUUUAUAUUAAUGGAAACGAUUCUCAUAUUCUUCUCAUUGUUUGGUAUUUUAUCAUUUGUUAUCUCCACAAAAAAGCCCACAUUUAGUGUUGGAUGGAUCUCUUGGCUCAUCAUCUCAUCCCUGUUCAUCACUUUUGGCUUUUGUGUCAAAUAUAUUGGAAUAUUCUCUCUAUUUCUCAUACAUUUUGUUAUAUUCUGUGAUUUUUGGACAAAACUCGCCAAUAAAUCCAUCAAAACUUUAUACCUUUGGUUGGAAUUUGUGUUUUAUAUCUUCAACUUUAUUAUUCUUCCGAUUCUUAUUUAUACCACAGUUUUUUACAUACAUCUAUCAAUGCUCACUAACGCCGGGCCUCACGACAACAUAAUGACCAGCGCUUUUCAGGCCAGUCUUGAGGGAGGGUUAGCCUCUAUAACGAAAGGACAGCCCCUGGAAAUAGCACAUGGAUCACAGAUCACUCUUAGACACACUCACGGCAGGGCCUGUUGGAUGCACUCACAUCAGGCGUUAUACCCCGUUAGAUAUUCGGAUAAUAGGGGCAGUUCUCAUCAGCAACAGGUCACCUGUUAUUCGUUCAAAGAUGUGAAUAACUGGUGGAUCGUUAAGAAACCCGAAAUCAAUGAUUUGGUUAUAUCUGAACCAAUCGAUCGAAUCAAAGACGGAGAUUAUGUACAACUAAUCCACGGCAUGAGUGGUCGAGCGCUCAACAGUCACGACGUGGCGGCGCCGGUGUCUCCGCAGAAUCAAGAGGUUUCCUGUUAUAUUGAUUACAACAUAUCAAUGCCGGCGCAGAAUCUCUGGAAAAUAAAACUUUUGAAUAGCGAUGAAACGAACGGUUUCUGGCAUACCAUCAGCUCAAGAGUUCAGUUCAUUCACGUCAACACAUCUCAAGCUCUAAAAUUCAGUGGCAAACAAUUGCCCGAUUGGGGGUUCAAUCAGCACGAGAUGGUGACCGACAAGAAUCACAAUCAAGAGGACGCCGUUUGGAAUGUUGAGGAACACAGAUAUACCAAG